CCACAAAAGGGUAUGCAAAAACAAGAAAUUUAAACCUUCCCCAUUACUCAAUGGCAUCAGAGAGUAACCACUCUCCCCAUCAAAACCACUAAAAUAGACGCAUAAACAACCAACCUGCAACCGUUAAGCGGUGAGCCCACGUAAAUAAAUUAAACCCCACGAUUCACGAACCAGAUCGAGAGAUAGAUUCAUAUUGCAGGCGGUUAAUUCCUUAAUUUAAUUACCCAUUUCUUGAUUUUUAUUAUCAACCAGCUGCCUUAUAAGCUACUCAUACACCACCUAAUCCUUUAUAUAAACUCUGUUUUUCAAUUCUUUCAAGUUAGUUUUAGAGAAGAUGGCGAGUGCCGAUCUUGAGAGAGCGAGAGGGGCGAAAAACAGAAGUUAUACGAGUAGUAAUAAUAAUGGCAAUUCGAGUUUUAAUCACUAUGUGGAGAGCUCUGAGAAGCAAUGGACGUCGUGGCUAAUUCCUAUGUUUGUUGUGGCUAAUGUUGCUGUGUUUAUUGUUGUGAUGUAUGUGAACAAUUGUCCCAGAAAUAAUCUGGGGUUUGAAGGUAAUUGUGUGGCUAAGUUUCUUGGUAGGCUUUCUUUUCAGCCCUUGAAGGAGAAUCCUUUAUUUGGCCCUUCUUCGAACACGUUGGAAAAAAUGGGAGCCCUGAAAUGGUACAAGGUAGUGCACGGGCAUCAAGGAUGGAGACUUGUCACCUGUAUGUGGUUGCAUGCAGGAGUUAUUCAUCUGCUCGCAAAUAUGCUCAGCUUAGUCUUUAUUGGGAUUCGUCUGGAACAGCAAUUUGGGUUUGUGCGAGUUGGGAUAAUCUACCUGUUAGCGGGAUUUGGGGGAAGCAUAAUGUCUUCCCUUUUUAUUCAUCAAAACAUUUCUGUUGGUGCCUCUGGUGCUUUAUUUGGCCUUCUAGGUGCAAUGUUGUCAGAGCUCCUUACUAACUGGACAAUCUAUUCUAAUAAGAUUGCGGCUCUAUUGACACUUGUGGUCAUCAUUGCUGUCAACUUGGCUGUUGGGAUUCUUCCACAUGUCGACAACUUUGCUCAUAUUGGAGGUUUCUUGACCGGUUUACUCCUCGGCUUUGCUAUACUAAUCCGUCCACAGUUUGGGUAUUACGAAAGCAGGCAUCUUCCCGAUGCUCGUGUCAAACCUAGGCACAAGCCUUACCAGUAUGGGCUCUUGUUGGUUGCUGUGGUUUUACUCAUUGCUGGUUUUACGGUGGGAUUAGUGAUGCUGUUUAGAGGAGUGAAUGGAAAUGAUAAUUGCAGCUGGUGCCAUUAUCUAAGUUGUGUGCCUACUUCAAAGUGGAAAUGUGAUAACUGAUCGGAGAUUCAGAGUCGUCCAGUUUUUUGUUUGUCGAUAAAUUUUAGGAAACGUUUGUUAUCGGAUUCUUCGUCUUCAUUUUACUGUCUAUGGUGUUCUUGAAAUUAUGUUACUUGCCAUUUGUUUAUUUGUUUAAGUUUUUUUUAUUCAUAGGAAAGUUUGGGAUGUUUUCUUACUUGUACAUGAGAUAGAGUAAUAUAUGGGGCUAAUUGAUUAUGUCGUUCA